CUCAAAGGAAUGUUGAAUUCAAGACAUUAUUAGAGGAAACGAAACUUAUUAAAUCAUCAUGAUCGCAAAGGUUUUAGUUUCAGCAGUUUUGAUUGCAAUUGCUUCUGCAAGUCAUCAUGAUCAUCAUGAGCACCAUCAUCAUCAUUCUCAGCCAUACAAAUUCGGUUAUGAAAUCAAAGAUCACCACGGAUCUCAACACAGACAUGAACAUGGCGAUGGCCAUGGGCACGUUCAAGGAAGCUAUGGUUUCACUGACCACAGAGGUAUCCACAGAGAAGUCCACUAUGUAGCUGACAAGCAGGGAUUCAGGGCCACUGUGAAAACUAACGAACCAGGAACUGCCAACCAGGAUCCCGCUCACGUUAAGCUCCAUUCCGAUGCUCAUCAUGCUCAUCAUCACCAUGAACCUCAUCAUCAUGGACACCAUCACCAAGAGCAUCAUCAUCAUGGACAUCACCACCACGGACAUGCUAAUGUGUAUCACCACCAAGGACACCAUCAUGGUUAAUUUACACAUAACCUCUAUUUAAGAAUGCUGAA